CACAGCGACCAUUUGAGGCUUCACGGGGCGAUAGAAACACCAUAAAAAGAAUGUCGACAGUUUCAUUUUCUAGCAGGUUAUUUGUCAAGGGUUCAUAAAGGUGAGUUGAGCUGACCAUUCAGUCACAGCCAGGAAUGAAGACGCGUCACACACGUCCAAACACGGACUGAGCAUCACGUUUCGAAGAGCGGCGAGGAUACUGAGCUUCGGUCGUUGGACGGUCCAUACAAGAACCGAAUCUAAUUCUGUGGCUUUAAAUAGUGAAACAGUUAUACUAGACAAACUGUGUUGUUUUUUUAUCGCGCUGUAGUGACAGACGUGUAUCUUAAGUGCGAGUAUGUGACAGUCUGCUGCGCGUGAUGUGCAUGCGAACAAACCUGGAUGAACUUAAUAGAGAUGGGCUGGAUGCAGUUAAACAUGUUGUCAUCUCCAUCUCCACGUCCGGUGAAGUGAACAACACACCGGAAAGCAAGGCUUAAACGUGCUCAAUUGAUUCUGCACUGAAGCUUAAUGGAUAAAUGAUGUCUAAAACUUUGAAGAGGAAGAAACACUGGUCAACUAAAGUGCAGGAGUGCGCCGUGUCGUGGGGAAGCGUCGGGGAGUUCGGUGAUGUUGUGGAGAUCCUCGGAGGCGCCGAGCACGGGGAGUUCCCGUUUCUUGGUCAGAUGAACUUGGACGUGCUGGUGUGUCACGUCGGGAGACUACCGUACUACGGGGAUGUAUUAUUGGAGGUGAACGGAACACCUGUCAGCGGGCUGACGAACCGAGACACGCACGCGGUGAUCCGCCACUUUCGAGAGCCGAUUCGCAUUAAGACCGUCAAACCAGAACACAAAAGAAAAUGUUUUGAAGAAUGUUCACGCUGCUCUUUAUCCACACAAUGAAAGUGGAUGGGAAUGGAGGUGUCAAGCUCCAAAAAGGACAAAAAUUAAAAGUAUUCCAAAUGACUCAUGUACGAUGUUCAAAGUCUUCUGAAGCCAAAUGAUAACUUUGUGUGAGGAACAGACUGGAAAUGGAUGAUUUUCACAAAACCUUUCAAGAAAAUGUCCUGGUCCUAUUUUACCCCAAAAAUCUAAAGAAACUCAAGUAAUAAAUAAUAUUGAAAUUAAGUCUGAAGCCUAUUUUUUAGGGCUAUAUAAACUCAGC